AGGAAGUCUGUCAAGCCGUCUUGAUGUGUUUUAACAGCAUACAGUAGAGACUUGAGCAUACUUAUUUAGAUAAUCUGGCUUUAUGACACAAACUAUUAUCAAACUAAAGUUUUAACUUCACGAAAAUGGAGAACCAAAGGUACGAUAAGGGCGGCAGCGCGGGAAGCAAAGGGGUACAAUUCCAAGUCAACCUAUUGACCGUCUUUCUUCUCAACGCUUUGAGGAGGCUGUCGGGCUGGAGGCUGUCCACGGAGGACAAGCGAGCCGGCAAAUUCGACGACGUGGUUCUGGAAUGGCCAGGAGGCGCCGUACUGCUGCAGGCGAAACACAGAGAGAAUAACAAAAAAAGGAUCACCGCGGACGACCUGAUGUCCACAACCUCGAAAAACAACGACUUCAGUCUUCCCAAGUACUUCUUCUCAUAUCAAGAAAUUAAGGAUAAAUUUACAUUGAGAAAUGUUAUCGUUUGCACCAACGCCGGCGUCAACCAGAAGGCUUUCAAAUAUUUAAAGCCUCAGGCGGACUCUCUUGAGAGUAUGUUACACUCUGGGGAUGAUAUUGUAUUUUACUCAUUUAAAGAGGAGAAUUUGCCUGAAUUGAUAGAAAAAACAAAGAUUUACCGUGAGCAGAAUUUGAAGAAAUUGACGAAUGUAAUCACCGACGAAAACGUGAAGGAAUAUCUGGAACACCUGCAAUUAUUCUUUGACUAUCCUCCGGGAAACGACUUGGGAAGUAUCGUGGAAAAGUUACUACGAGAAACUAGGUGGCACGGCAAAGUAUCCCUUUUGGAAGUAUACUGUAAAAUAAUGGAUUGGUUCCAACAAAAAGACGGGGAAUAUCUAAACGAGGCUUACGCGAAGGCGAUAUUUUCCGAAAUAAGAAGAGACAAAUAUUGGCAGGCGUUGGAAGGUUACAACGUUUUUCUCCGAGGCGAUUCGAAUUUCCAAGAUUCAAAACGGAUAUACCGCUUCGUAGCCGAUAACGCCUGUCUGUUGCAAGAAAUAAGGGCGUACCGCUCUUUGCGAGGUGCGGAAAAGAAAGUCCUAUGCAUCUAUCCGGAUGAUAGCGUCGAAGAUCGGAUGCAGCUAAUCGAAGCGUUUGGUCUACGCCAUUACGUCUACUUAAUAAUCGUUUGGCCCGAACUGCAAGAAGAACCUCUAGUAAGGGACGUACGCGACAAAAUAGAAGAAAUCUUAAACAAGUACAAGUACAAAAAAGUCAUAUUGUUAACUCGACGCGAUGACGCAUUGUUUCAAGGGAUUGAAUUAAGCCGUGAUAGUAUCGAUGUUCCAAGAGAACCCCCGACAUUCCGAGAUCUUUUAAAAGAGACGCAAGACGGGCUAUUAAGGAAGAAAAACGUAAUUUUCCAAGGAAUCGCCUUUACCUUGGAAGACCUCCUUGCUCCAGAAACGGUCGAAGAUUACAACGCAGAAAUAUUGGAGAGACUAGUGAGAGGUGAAGAGAUCAAAGUAGGGUCAAAGUUGGGGCUUUUAGACGAAAGUAUUAGGCACCUCUACGUAUACCGCGACAUCAUCAGGAAAGGCGAGAAGAGGAAAGAAGACGACAUCUUUAAUGUGAGAGAGAAAGCGAUAUUAAUUUCCGAUAGUGCGGGUACCGGGAAAACCACGAUCGUCACUAAAUUAGCGACGGUUAUAAAGGAAAAAUAUCCACACUUGUGGGUGAUCAGAAUCGAACUCAGUCAUUAUUCAAAGAUUUUAAAGGGUUUGCACAGAAAGAAAAGGAAAACGAUAAGUAUAACGGAACUGCUAAAUUCUCGAAAGACAACCGAGCUAGCAAACCCGUUGGAGAAGUUUAUCUUUUCAAUGAACGGCAAAGUGGUGUUGAUGUUAGACGGGGUGGACGAAAUCGGCCCCAUUUACACGAAACUCAUCGGUAGCCUUCUCGUCGAUUGCCUGAAAGCCCCCAACCUGGCCAAAAUUCUGGUUACGACGAGACCGCACUUGACCAGGGAAUUGGAAGAACAGCUGCAAGUGAAACCCUUUGCCCUGCGGCCGUUCACAAAAAGAAACCAGUUAGAUUUCCUCACAAGUUACUGGAUACACAACCUGGAACUGGACCCCGCCGUUAAAGAAAAGUGCGAAAUCUACGCUAAAGCGUUGAUAAGCAAAAUGUCGUCUUGGACGAAAUCGAACUCCGGAGAGGCAAACCAGCUCAUGGCGGCUCCGUUGCAGGUGAGGAUGCUCGCGGAAAUCUUCCAGGAGGAGAACGGAUGCGACGAGGCGGUGGAUUGGGAGGGAUGUAAGGAAUUUUUAAUGGCGGAUAAACCGGAACCGAAACUACCGAAAAGAAUCGACAUAUCGAGUUUGUACGAGAUGUUCCUCGAGAAGAAACGAAUCGAUUUUAUAGACAAGAGCAACCCGAGCGGGAUCGCGGCGGCGGAACAGGCGCUCACCGACCAGUGCGACGAGUGCGUCGUUUACCACCAAACUUUGGCGUUGGAGGCCAUCCUGGAAAGAGCGCAAUGGGAACUCUUCACUUGUUACAAGGAGGGUAGCGAAAAGGUGAUAGUGUACGUGUUGAAGCUGGGAAUCGUACAGGAAGUCGACGACGGACUGCAUUUCCUGCACAGGACGUUCGCGGAAUUUUUCGUCGCCCGAUGCCUAGUGAAAGAAUUGCAGCGUCGAAAUGGAAACGCGGAGUUCCAGAGGUUCUUGAUCGACGAGAUUUUACGUAGUUUCGAUUUUAAAGUUAUCCGGAACUUCUUCGACGGUUUACUUAAGGACUUCGUGGACGCCUUACCUCGGGAUAUCUUCCAAAACUAUCGGUCUCUAUCGUACGAGGCUGAGAAGAACCAAUACAAUUUCGAGUACCUGGUACACGACCUAGCAGCAGAAGGUUGCGUUGCUAUACUUCAACUUCUACUGAAAUGCGUGAAUUUCAAAAUUAUCAAAGGCAAGGAGACCACCAUUUAUGACCUUUUCAGACGAUCUAAUAAAAACGAAAAGCCUGGAUUACAUCUCUCUGGAAACAGGUUGGAUAUUUUGCGGUUCUUGGUACGACGGGGCGGCGUAAACAUCAGGGACCACAUGCGUCAGACCCCGUUGCAUUCCGCCGCUCGCGAGGGUCAGUUAGAAAUGGUGAGGUUCUUGGUUGAACGAGGUUCGGAUAUCAACGUUGCGGACAGGGAAAGGUGCACCCCCCUGUACGAGGCCGCAAGGGGCGGUCACUUUGACGUCGUGAAAUUCUUGGUGGAGCAAGGGGCAGUCGUUAAAGUGAAAUUAAAACAGCGCGGGAACGAACUGCACGCAGCCCUUAGCAGGAAUCACGCUGAUAUCGUCGAGUACCUUUUGGAGCGAAUGUUAGAAAAAGAAUUUGAUUGCUUAGACGCAAACUAUUCCAUGAUUCCUUACGCGGCGGCUUAUCUAGGCCGACUAGACAUCCUGACGACUUUAGUAGGAAGGGGCUUGGACGUCAAUUGUAGAAUAACGAACGGAAAGUCUCUAAUUUUUGGCGCAGCAGCAGGAGGGAAAUUAGAAACCGUGGAAUAUCUCGUACAGCAAGAUGCCGACAUCAACUGUAAAGACGAGCAUAAUAACACGUUGCUUCACGCGGUCGCAAAAAGGCCUUCCUGUACCUGCAUCGCAAAGUUUUUAGUGAAAGCGGGGAUAAUCGUCGACGUGGAAGACGUUGACGGGAUGACGGCUUUACAUCGUGCUGCCGAAGCAGGCGUAUUGGAUACGGUGGAAUUAUUAUUAAACAAUGACGCUAACGUGAACAACAGAGACAAAAAGCAUAACAGGACUGUCCUAAGCACGGCCGCACGGAAUGGUCACGUGGAAAUCGUCGAGUUACUCGCGGAACGCGGAGCGGAUAUUAACGUUAAGGACAUCCGUGACAGCACCGUGCUGCAUUUGUUCGCACAGCGGGGCCGAUUAGACGCUAUUAAGCGCCUUGAAAAAUUUAACUUAGACGUUACUGUGAAGGACAAUAACGGGCGCACAGCCCUGCAAGUAGCCGUUUUAAACAAACACGCGGAUGUCGUCGAUUUUCUCGUGGAUCGUAACUCGGACGUUAACAGUAGAGACAGUGAUGAUCGUACAGCGUUACAUUUAGCCUUUUCGGCGGGUACGGGUCAGAAUGUACUACAAAUAAAUCAUAAAGAUGUUGUGGUGGACGUGGAACCUCAUGACGGAAACGUCGAUCACAAUUCCGUUCAUUCCGUUAUUUUAUCACAGUUGGAUAUAGUCGGGAAGCUUGUGGAAGGCGGCGCAAAUGUUAAUGCGACAAACGGUACCGGCCGAACUGUAUUGCACGUAGCGAUUUUACGUUUUACGUUAGACUUUGAACGUUACCCGUUUAUGGCAAACUGCGAUCGUUGUUCGAGUGUCGUAAAGUUCUUAAUCGGAAGAGGCGCAAAUGUCAACAUCGAAAACUGUAAUGGGGACGUGGUGACUGUACUGGCCGAGGAAGUACAAGGGUGCAAUAAGUAUUAUUCGGGGAAAAGUUUGGAGGAUGUCUUGCAGUCGCAUGUUUUCAAGCUACUUGGGUCGAUGUCACUGAAUAAUAAAUCAGAAGAGCGUGCAAGCACCGACGGCGCGUCUCUUGGUUCAACUUGUAUUGCGGGGACAUCUCAGCUGACGGUCAAUAUGCCUCUUUCAGAAAAGGAAGCCGUUUCACUUCUAAAGCGAGAUAAUGAAACGACUAACCAAAACCCUCUAGAUGUUCCAAAGCAACAGUCGUACUAUGAGUGACUACAGAGCCUCUAUUAAGGUGUACAAUGUAAAUUCAACGGUAAAGUCAAUUUGUUCGAUUUUUUUUGCGCUCGCACGUGAUUUUUCACUAUUUUUUGCUAAUUACUCAAAAUUUUGAAGGUGUUUGUGCUAAAGCAUUUUAGAUUCGGAUUCAGCAAGUCAAAAUACAUACAUUGCCAACUGACUGACUGUCAAAUCAAAGGUACAAACCAGUUUUUUUUGUGCGCCAACAAUGUAAUUUUUUCAUGAUUUAUUAAUUAUUAACUACUACCAGUAUGUAGAUACGUAUGCAUGUUUUAAAGUAUUUAUUUUUGUAGUUUUAUAGAAUGUACAUAAUAAAAAAUAAAUAAAAAUAUU